CCGCUGACGAGCAGGCAUGGCGGUGACGAGGUGAGGCGUGCAGAGCCUGUUGAAGCCCCAAAACGGCAUUUUGAUUCAUAGCUUUGGUGGCCUGGCUGCACGAUGGCUGCCAGCGCUGCUCAGGUGAGAGAAGAGGAGCCAGGCAAAGAACGUGAACGACGGCAUGCAUGGGGCUAUGUAUAUUUGAUUGACAAUGUGUUGUUUGCCGAUGCGGCAGCGGCUGCUGGCACAGAUUCAGGCCUAGCAGACCAAUCAGGCCAGGGUAAGGAAUCAACACACUCACUCUCAUUCAGUGCAUCCGUCGCUCAUCGGUUGUUUCGCGUUGUUUGUGUGUGGACUGUGGUGUGCAGGUCAACAAUGGCAUCGGCCGACUCUCUCAGAUGGACGCCGCUAUGAUCACACCACUGGUGCGGCCAGACUGCCACACACGGCACAAAGGCCUCUGUGUCAUGGUCUCUCGUGUGCUUGAUUCAUCAGAUGGUGGCCAAGGUCAGUCGUCAACUCGCCAACGAAUCGGCCCGUCUGGCCCAGCUGGCGGACAGCAUCGACUCGACCAUCGCACUCACAACACACACCCACACACAGGUGUGAGAGAGGGACCACACACACACACACACUCUCACACACACAGCUGCAUGUGUGUCAUUCUGUGUGUCGUCAGGCUCGGCGGUUGCACGUGACUGACAUUCCCGCCGGGCCGAUAAGUAUCGUCCUGGCACUCUCUGACCUCACCGCCGUCGGCCGACUCAAGGCGACAGCCCGCCACUUCAGAAACGCCCUGCGGCCCAUCAUCCGCAAUAUUCGGCUGCCGAAGGCCAUCGAGUGUGCGGGGGUGGGCGGGGUGGUGCGGUUCGACGAUCAGCUGAGCCACGGCGAUGUGAUGAAGGCCAUGUGGGUGAUGGAGGAGGGAGGCGAGGGCGGCUGGGGGGAGGUGACGGACACUCUCAGAUUCGGUGAGCAUUGGGGCUAUUGCCAGCUGCCGGUCACUGUGGGUGCCGGAGAUCUGCAGACACACGCCACCAAGGCGGUAAGCACGACACACGACACAAAGGAGAGGCAAUGGGGCAAUGAGUGAACGGCUCUCUGUCUGUGUCUGUGUGUUGAAUGCAGGACUACUCAUCGGUGCCCCGUUUCUGUGUGCAGUGGAUGCUCGUCGGCCGCCAUGUGGCCCUCCGUCGCCUCAAUGGCCAGCAAGACGGCACACUCCAGCUCUUCCACCAUAACCAUGAGAUUCGCGCCAUCCGCAACGAGCCCACCUUCGCCAUCACCCUCAACCCGCCCCUCCCCCUCCCCACCCGCCCCGUCCAUCCCUUCUCACUUCACCCCUUCCAGCAGCACUCCAAGCCGCACGACCCGCCCGUCCGCAGCCGCAUUGCGUGGCAGCCUGGUGUGGGCUGGGCGAUGGUCGCUGCCAACGACGGGGCCGUUUUCUCAUCAGCGAGUUCCAUGCUGAAGCAGCUGAUGCUGCUGAUUCACCGGAGCAUAUCUGUGGGCGGCAUGUCCCGAUCACCACCAGUGGCGGUAGACCGGUGACUGGAUGGACGGCAGGUCGCUCGUGGUCUGUUUCAAACAUGUGUGUAUGUGUGUGUGUGUGUCAGGAGUGAGCGUGGAGGUUAUUUGGAUCGCAUCGUCACCCAAUCCCCUCACACGCCCCUUGACGAGUGCUCACACGUGAUGGCAUAUGAGGCGGUCGGUGGGCUGUGUAUGCAUUCACAUGUGCUGACAUCAUCAAGCGAUCCGUUCGUCGCAUACAUUGCCUUCCGCAUCCCUCCAGGAGACAACCAAAACGGUACGCAUACACGUGGUAGAGAACGAGCAACUCAACAACACCCACAUGCCGUCGUGGUGUCUGAUUUUGUGCUCAUGGCUGCGUGCAGUGCGCGUCAUCAUCCGUACCACCGAGGCGGCAGCAGCAGGUGUGGCCCAUGACGCGCCCUUCGCCCAGCGAUUCCCCCUGACGGCUGCCAAGGCCCGCCGCGUCCUCGGCCCCAUCGCCCCCAUCGUCCUCGACGGCCAGGCACCGUAGACACACAGGUGUGGGCCACACAGUGGCGUGUGUUUGUUGGUGUGUUCUGCAGGGCGGCUGAAUGGCGUCAAGGAAGACACACAAGGAGCUGACUGUUUGGCGGUGCGGUGGUGUGUGCAUCAAUCAUUUCUGCUGGUGCAUUAUGUUGUACGAGAGCGAGUGGAGAGCGAGUGGAACACACGUGUAGCGUGUGCACAGAUCGCAAGAAAGCGGAUGACACCUGGAGCUCUAUGACGUCGAUGAGACCAACCAAGGGGGGACGGACGGGGGUGCGGACGACGACAGUGACUGAGUGAAUGAGAUGAGCGAACCAACAGACAGACAGUGACGGCGGCUGUUCUGAGGGAGAUGGUGUAUGUGGGAUCCUUUCUGAGUUUGCCCCAGCGUGUGUUCGUGUGAUUUGUGCACGCCAUUCAUUC